CACUCUUGCAAGUACAUGAGAAGCUGGACAUCCAAAUCCACACAACCUGUUGGCGUCUGGCUCACGACAAGAAACGCAGCGCGAGAAACUUGACGCCCGCAGCCACGACCAUGUCAACGCGUCAAACCUGAACCCGCCGCGGCACUCCGACAAUUCUUGCACAACGGUUAGCGCAACACCAACUGGACUGGCUGUAUCCACCGCGCUUCUUGGGCAUGAGCGAAUGAUUUUUCUACUCUCGGCUCCACUACCACUAGAACCUCUGCCUUCACCUACGACCUUCAUAGCGCUCCCGGCCGCUCCGCCACUCUCCGACACGCUGCCGAGUUGCGCACGCGAUCAAAUCGUGUCACCCAUCCGCGACCGCCAACAUGUCGUCGAAGGGUCAAAUACCCAACACUCCGCGAGUCAUUUCGCCCUCGCCGACUCCGUCAGAAACAAGCGGCAAGGAGGGCUACUUUCCACCUACCACACGAUCGAAGCAGAGGCGCGUAGAUGCAUCAGUCGCGCCUAUCGAGGAGCAUGCGAACGAAGGGCACAACGAAUUGGGUGUGCAGGACGAAACACAUCCCGACUUCCGUCGUGCUAGGAGUAGGAGUAGGAGUCCACAGAUUCAGCGGGAAGCAUUAAGGAUGACGGCCAAUGGUGGGACAACAACUGCUGCAAAUACCGCACUGCCACUAAGCUCCGUGAGAACGAGAGGGAAGUCUGGAGAGAAAGUCCUCUCAAACGGCUCAGCCAAGCAGCUGAUAAAGGAGAAUGACCUGCUUUCUCCAGCAAGUGCAGUCCCACAAGGCUUCGGAUCAGCAUACUGGAGGAAUCUCUCUCGAAGUCCCAGUCCAUUUGGCUUGAUCCCUGUGCAUCGCGAGUGGCGUGCAUUCGUUCACAAGCACGAGAUUCCACGGAAAGCUCUUCAUGUCAGCAUUGGCUUUCUGACACUCUUCCUGUACCACCAAGGUUUCCAAACCAAUCAGAUACACCCGGUGCUUCUGGGACUGUUCAUCCCCAUAUUCUCCGUUGAUCUCAUACGAUUCCAAUGGCCCGAAUUCAACAGGGUAUACAUUCGAUAUCUGGGCGCUUUCAUGCGGGAAAGUGAAGCACACGAUCGUUUCAAUGGGGUCAUAAGCUACAUCGGGGGCUUGUGGUUAACGAUGUACUUUUGCAGGAAAGAUGUGGCGGUGGUGUGCGUUCUGCUAUUGAGUUGGUGUGACACGGCAGCGAGCACCUUUGGCAGACUUUGGGGCAAGUACACGCCUAGAAUCAGGCGAGGGAAGAGUUUAGCUGGAUCGAUUGCGGCAUUCACGUUCGGCGUUGCGAGCGCUGUACUCUUUUGGGGCGUCGUCGCGCCCAAGACGCCAGAAGAGUACAACAUGGGUCAGCAUCGCUUUUCUUUUCAGGGGACUCUGACCUUGCCCAAACCUGCGAGAGAGUAUAUGAAUAUGAGCAUAGGCCAGGCUACGAUAGGUGGCCAUGUUGCACUGGCAGUCAUGUCGCUCGUGUGUGGCUUUGUUGCCAGUUUUGGCGAAGCGAUCGAUCUGUGGGGUUUGGAUGAUAACCUGACCAUACCAGCGUUGUGUGGACUCGGCUUAGAAGUAUUUCUAUGGGCCUUUGGCGGUAGCUAAUAGUCUUUGCACAAAUGGACAUAUUAUGACUCCUCUCG